AGGCGGUUUCCAGCCGGAGGUUUACUGGGGCCGGGCCGGAAGUGCCCAGGCCGGCAAUGGCGGCUAAGCGGAAAGCGGAGAUUUUUGUCCCGGCGGAGGAGAGCGACCAGCUGCUGAUCCGCCCGCUAGGAGCUGGUCAAGAGGUGGGAAGAUCAUGCAUCAUUGUGGAGUUCAAAGGAAGGAAAAUCAUGUUGGAUUGUGGAAUCCACCCUGGACUUGAAGGAAUGGAUGCACUUCCAUACAUUGAUUUGAUCGACCCUGCGGAGAUAGAUCUUCUCCUUAUUAGUCAUUUCCAUUUAGAUCACUGUGGUGCACUUCCAUGGUUCCUACAAAAGACUAGUUUUAAAGGCAGAACUUUUAUGACUCAUGCAACAAAAGCUAUAUAUCGCUGGCUGCUGUCUGAUUAUGUCAAGGUCAGUAAUAUCUCAGCAGAUGAUAUGCUGUACACUGAAUCAGACCUGGAGGAAAGUAUGGACAAGAUUGAGACCAUCAACUUCCAUGAAGUGAAGGAAGUGGCAGGUAUCAAGUUUUGGUGUUAUCAUGCAGGUCACGUCCUGGGAGCUGCCAUGUUUAUGAUUGAAAUAGCUGGGGUGAAGAUUUUGUACACUGGUGAUUUUUCACGACAAGAGGAUCGACACUUAAUGGCAGCAGAGAUCCCCAGUGUCAGACCUGAUAUUCUUAUAAUAGAAUCCACAUAUGGUACCCAUAUCCAUGAGAAACGUGAGGAGCGUGAAGCUCGAUUCUGCAACACUGUACAUGAUAUUGUAAAUCGAGGGGGACGCUGUCUCAUUCCUGUCUUUGCUCUAGGCCGUGCUCAAGAGCUGCUACUGAUUUUAGAUGAAUAUUGGCAGAACCAUCCAGAACUUCAUGACAUCCCUAUCUACUAUGCCUCAUCCCUGGCAAAAAAAUGUAUGGCUGUAUACCAAACCUACGUCAACGCAAUGAAUGAGAAAAUUCGCAAACAGAUCAGUAUUAACAACCCUUUUGUCUUCAAACACAUCAGCAACUUAAAGAGCAUGGACCAUUUUGAUGACAUUGGUCCAAGUGUAGUGAUGGCCUCUCCGGGAAUGAUGCAGAGUGGUUUGUCCCGAGAACUGUUUGAAAGCUGGUGCACCGAUAAGAGGAAUGGUGUCAUAAUUGCUGGUUACUGCGUUGAAGGCACACUUGCAAAGCAUAUUAUGUCAGAGCCUGAGGAGGUAACUACCAUGUCUGGACAGAAGCUACCAUUGAAGAUGUCAGUUGAUUACAUCUCGUUCUCUGCACAUACAGAUUAUCAACAGACCAGUGAAUUUAUCCGUGCAUUGAAACCACCACAUGUGUUGCUUGUCCAUGGUGAACAGAACGAAAUGGCCAGGCUGAAGGCAGCGCUUAUCCGAGAAUAUGAAGAUAACGAUGAAGUUCAUAUUGAAGUUCACAAUCCACGCAACACUGAAGCUGUGACAUUAUACUUCAGAGGCGAAAAGCUGGCCAAAGUGAUGGGCUCCUUGGCAGAUAAAAAGGCAGAUCAAGGUCAAAGGAUCUCAGGAAUACUUGUAAAAAGAAACUUCAACUAUCACAUACUUAUUCCAUCUGACCUAUCCAAUUAUACUGAUUUGGCAAUGAGCACAGUGACACAGACACAGGCCAUUCAAUACUCAGGAUCUUUCAUGCUCCUGGCACAACACCUUCAGAUCAUUGCAGAUGAUGUGGAAGAAAUCGAAGUUCAGGAAAAGCCAGCACUGAGAGUCUUCAAAGCUAUCACACUGGUUCAAGAGCCAGGCAUGGUUGUGCUGGAGUGGGUGGCAAAUCCAUUAAAUGACAUGUAUGCAGAUGCAGUGAUGACAGUGAUUCUGGAAGUGCAGUCAAACCCGAAAGCCCAGAAAGUUGUGCAGCAAAACUCAAGCAAAAAAUUUGACAAAGAAAUGUAUGCAAAGAGGCUAGAGAUUAUGCUCGAAGAUAUGUUUGGACAGGAAUGUGUGACUAAAUCUAAAACUGGCAAUACACUGUCUGUAACCGUUGAUGGCAAGGCAGCAAAUAUUUCUCUGGAUACACGGAUGGUUGUGUGCGAAGAGGGUAGUGUGGAGGAUGAACCACUUCGAGAAAUGGUAGAAGUGGCGGUUCAGCGGCUUUAUGAAACAAUGCACCCAGCACUCUUCUGAAAUUGUGAAAAACAGUAAUAACUGUGAACAGUCGUCCAGUUGUAUUAUUUUCAGAUUGCAGGAAGCAGUGUUCUCAUGACAUCCUGUUUUUGUUCUGUUAAACAUAUAAGUAAAUUCUACAAAUGAUCUACUUUAGUUUUUUAUUCAUUCAUGGCAUGUGUGCCUCACUUGCGAGGCCAAUAUUUACUGUCUAGUCCUAAUCAUUCUCAAAGGUGGAACCCUGCAGUCCUGGUGAAGAAGAAGAAUUUGGAUUUUGAUGAAACUAUAUUCAUUGUCAUUGAAAUUCAAAGUCAGCAAAGUUUUGCAGUGGGAAAAUACUGAAAAUAUGAAUUUUGUGAUAACCUUCAACAUACUUAAACAAACACGCGAGUAUAUCUAACAGUUUGACAGAAAAAGUGUCAUUUAGGCUGAAAUUACAGAGUGCCAUCAUUGGUAACUCUGCAGUUAUGAAUUAUUGUGUUCCUGAGAAAAUAUGCUGUUUGUCUGUCUUGGGUGGCAAGAUGGUAAAUAAUAAAUGUCGUAAUCUUAUCAGAUAAGUAUUGUGUCUGUCAAGUGCAAAAAAUUACUGCAGUUUUUAUUAAAAUAAAUAUUUUA